ACCAAGUUUACCCAGCUCCAAAAAUGUGAAAAUGGCCGCUUCCACUGCAAAACACUUGAUCAAAACUUUAAUUAGUUGCAAAAGUUCUUAUCGUUUAGAAAAUGUACGUUAUGCAACGGGAUUACGAAAAUCAAAGAGGCUUGGGAAAAUGCCCGAACUUGCUAGAACAUUUGAGCAGAGAUUAGCAGAUAUGAAGCUUACUGAACAAUCAAAAGCCAAUAAUGUCAACAUUGGAUUCCCUUUGACUAAUACAGCCAUAACACAAUCCCAAAAGAGAGCUGUGAUUAGGAAAAACAAACAGGAGUUACUGGCCCUUGUUCAAGAUGGAGAGUUGAUGAUUGAUCUGGAUGAGGUUGAUGCUGCAUCCUGGGAUACAAAUAAAAAGGAGCAUCUCCACAGACUUGCUGUACAUUAUGGAGUUUUCCGCGACUUGUUCGGGGGUGCAUUCUUUUAUCCCCAGGUUGAUCUAGAGGUCAGCUAUGAUAUAUCAGAAGAGGAUGAAGUGCCAGUUUUUCAUGGAAAUUUGAUUGAACCUUCUCAAACAUCCAGAGUUCCAAAUGUUCACUAUGAAGUUGAUGGCGAUAGUUUAUGGACUCUGUUGAUGACAGCACCAGACAGCCAUCUACAGGAUAACAAUGCAGAGUACCUCCACUGGCUAGUAGGCAAUAUACCUGGAAAUGACAUUAGUAAAGGGGAACAACUCUGUGAUUAUCUGCAAGUUUUUCCUGUCAAAGGCACUGGUUUCCAUCGUUAUGUUUUUAUUCUCUUCAAACAGGAACAGCAAAUUGAUUUCAGAGAUAACAGGCUAUCCCCAAACAUAUGCUCUCUAAAGGAGAGGACAUUCAAUACCUUUAACUUUUACGAGAGACACCAGGAUCACAUGACCCCUGCAGGUUUCUGUUUCUUUCAAAGUGAGCAUGAUGAGAGUGUUCGGGAUGUAUUCUGGAACAAACUGGAUAUGAAGGAGCCGUCUUUUGAAUUUGUUUUCCCUGUACCAUAUCAUCCAAUACAGAAGAAGUUUCCACACAAAAAACCAUUUAACUUGUAUUUAGAUAGGUAUAGAGACAUCAAGGACAUUAAUGAGGAGGUGUUACAGGAAAAGCUGAAGACUGUGCACCCAUUUAAACCUAGCACUGAUCCCAAAUACCCCCUCUAUAGGCUCCAGCUCGAAAAUAGAGGUCUCCCGUCGUGGUUAAAGAAAAAACGGAGAAAUGCAACCCACAAAGUCAUGCAGUGGGAAGACUAGUACUGUUCAUUGAAAUAAAUGUGCUUUUCAAUAUCA